AUGAGUUUAUCUAGGAAUGGAUCUAAGUUUUCAAGACAUGAUCGCAUUACCAAUUCUUAGAUACUGGAUCUGAGGAAGGGCAAAAUGUACCCAUCAUCAAGCAAGAAUUCUGAUCAACCGGGGGGAUUUUUUCUGAGCCUAGCCAAUAAUAAAGCACCAGAUUAUGGGUAAGCUUAGUUAUUAAAUAAUGAUGCUUUGAAACACAAAAUCAAAGAGAAAAGAAACCAAAAAUCAAUGGAUAAUGAUGCUGUGUUGAAUACCCUGGUUACUAAAGUUGAUGCUAAAUUGAUUUCAUCACCAUUAAAAAAGAAAGUAAUUGCCAUUGAUCCUAAAAUUGAUGUGCCCACUCAAAUCAAACCAUACUCUCUCACUCCUUAAUCUCGAUUGCAAUCAUUUCGGAUCGCAAGUCCUUCAUAAAAACCUAGAUCACAAAGUUAAAACAAAAGAAACGACAUCUAUUAUCUAACCAAACUCUAAAGGGCUUUCGAUACCAAUGGUUCUGAUUACUUCUCUCGCAUGUAUCGCGAACACUUCCACUAAACCUAUUAAGGAUUAAAUUGUAGAUUUUUUCCACAAAAUAAUAAUGACUAUAAUAAAUCUCAUAAAUUACCCAAAAAACAUUAAAGAUAAUUCACUUUGUUUUUUGAUUUAGACGAAACAUUGGUCCACUGCAAUGAAACACCUACGAUCCCUUGUGAUGUAGUCUUGGAAAUCAAUGUUUCCAAACAUCAAGUAGUUAGAGCUGGCAUCAAUGUAAGACCGUAUGCAAAAGAAUUGUUAAAAAAUCUCUCCAAUCAUUUUGAAAUUAUUGUCUUUACAGCUUCACAUAGUUGCUAUGCAGAAAAGGUUUGCAAUUAUUUAGACCCAGAUUCUACCAUUAUAAGUCAUCGAUUAUUUAGGGACAGCUGCACUCAAACUAAUACUUCCCUUUACACUAAAGAUUUAAGAAUAUUUUGUGAUAAUACCAAUAGACAGUUGAGUUAAGUAGCUUUGAUUGAUAAUGCCUCGUAUUCUUAUGCUUGGCAAAUAGAGAAUGGAAUACCAAUACUUCCAUUCUAUGAUAAUAAAGACGAUAGAGAAUUGAUAGAGUUGGAGAAAUAUUUGAAAAACAUGAUUGGCGUAUCUGAUAUAAGAGAAUAUAAUAGAAACAAUUUAAAAUUGCAUUUGUUUGUAGAUCAACAUGGACCUUAUAAAGUAUUGGAAAAUCUAUUUGGUAAACCACAAUAACUUUUAUGA